AUGACUUCUUCUUCCGUCAGCUUUUAUUCAAAGCUGCGGACCUCUCUUUCGGUCGUGAUCAAGCAUGCGACGAAGCACACUGGUGUCGGCCUUGUCUGCUCUGUCGCUUACUUUGACCCGGGAAAUUGGGGUGUCGACCUUCAGGCAGGAUCCCAAUUCGGCUACAAGUUGCUCUUCGUGGUCCUUGUCUCUGGUCUGUUCGCUGUCUACAUGCAGGUGCUUUCUUCCCGUCUUGGUUGCGUAACAGGUCUAGAUCUUGCUACACACUGUCGCCUUUUGCUUCAUGAUCGCCCAAAGCACACCCUCCGUUGGCGAUGGCUCGUGCUGUAUCCGUUAUAUGUACUGGCAGAAGUGGCAAUUAUUGCCACUGAUCUCGCUGAGCUAUUGGGCUCGGCGAUAGCCCUCAACUUGCUCUUCCCAAAGUUACCUCUGUGGGCUGGUGUGUUGGUCACCGCCUCUGACGUGCUUUUCCUCCUCGCUAUGCGGAAUCCCCUUGGUGCGCAGCCAGUACGAAUGUUCGAGAUCAUCGUAGCAGCUCUGGUCUUCACUGUCUUGAUAUGCAUGGCCAUUAUCAUCUCCAGGUCUGGUGUACACUGGGGCGAGGCCUUUUUCGGGUUUGUUCCUUCGAAGGACGUAGUGAGCGCCAGCGGACUGUACACGUCUAUCGGUAUUCUUGGUGCUACUGUUAUGCCACACAGUCUCUUCCUUGGCUCUGCCCUUUCUACACAGGAGCGCGAAACGUCUCAUGAGGAUCAGGCCGAUGACUGCUUUUCGGUGACCAAGAUCGCGGGCCCUGCCGGUGAUGCAAAGAACCAUACUGAGUGGGAGAAUCACUCAUGGGCGUUCGUUCAUACGCACUUGUAUCAUGGUAUAGUGGACAUGUGCAUCAGUCUCAUUGGUAUCGCCGUCGUCAUCAAUGCAAUGAUUUUGAUACUGGCAAGUGCAACCUUCUACUACGGCUUCGGCCAGACGGGAAAUGAAUCUCCCGCCACCCUCUUCGAUGCAUAUGAUUUGCUGAAGCAGAUCCUGGGUACACCGGUAGCCACUCUCUUUGCACUGGCUCUUCUGGCAUCAGGCCAAAGCUCCUCCAUCAUAGCCACGCUCGCCGGUCAAACAGUAUCAGAAGGGUUCAUCAACUGGCACAUGUCGCCUAUCAUGCGACGCCUGCUUACCCGCUGUCUUGGGCUCAUCCCCUCUAUGGUGGUUGCCGCUGGUCUUGGAAAACCCGGUAUCAGCGCGCUCUUGGUCAUCUCUCAGGUGGUCCUAUCUAUCGUCCUUCCAUUCGUUGUCUAUCCCUUGAUUUACAUCACCUCUUCGAAACGCUUCAUGAGUGUCAAGAAACCUGCCGUCCAAAAUUCGGAUGGCGAGGUCAGCAGUGUAGUAUUUCAUCCAGAUCAGAGCAGCGCCGCUUGCGUAAGCGAUCCCAAAGAGGCGGUGGAAGACACGAUCGACUGCUCUAACGGAUGGAUCAUGAUGAUCUUGGGCUGGAUCAUGUGGCUCAUCAUCGUGGUAGCUAAUGUCUACACGAUUGUAACGCUCGGGAUGGGCGAAGAGUAA